GUUCUUUAUACUGGCAGACAGAAGAGUUCCUUCAUUAGACUUCCUCCAUUCUCUCAUACUGUUGGAAGAAAUGUUAUGUGUACUUAUUUUCUUCUGUUUUUGGCGUCUGGUUGAUACAGAUGGAAUGAAGAUGUCAGUGAUGGAGGGAGAUUCUGUCACUCUACAAACUGAUGCUACUGACAUCCCCAGGAAAAAUAUACGUUACAUACAGUGGAGGUUUGGACCUGAAAAAGCACUUGUAGUCAUUCAGUUUAAUAAGGAGGCGCCUGAUGUUAAUUAUUUCAAUACUGAGAGAUUCAGAGGCAGACUACAGAUCGACAGUCAAACUGGAUCUCUGACCAUCAGGAACAUCAGAACCACAGACUCUGGACUUUAUCAACUACAGAUGAUAAAAUACUUACCGUUUUAUUUCAAUGUUACUGUCUAUGCUCGUCUUCCCAUUCCUGUCAUUACCAGAGACUCUUCAAACUGUUCUUCAUCUUCAUCCUCGUCAUCAUCCUCACAGCAGAAUUGUUCAUUGGUGUGUUCAGUGGUGAAUGUGGGUCAUGUGACUCUCUCCUGGUACAAAGGAAACAGUUUAUUGUCCAGCAUCAGUGUGUCUGAUCUCAGCAUCAGUCUCUCUCUACCUCUGGAGGUGGAAUAUCAGGAUAAAAACAGCUACAGCUGUGUGCUCAACAAUCCCAUCAGCAACCAGACUCAACAUCUGGACAUCACUCAGCUCUGUCACACAUCUGCAGACUCUUUUCACUGUUGUGAUUUCACUGAAGCUGUGAUUCGAUUGGUCAUCUCUGCUUUGAUGGGCGUGGCUACUGUUGCCAUAGUGCUUUAUGACAUCAGAUCUAGAAGAGCUAUGAAUAAUGGUCAUAAAAAACCUGGAAACAGAGAAUUGAACAAUUACUGGACAGGAAAUUAAUACAACCUUUUUCAUUUGAAUGUAGAUAUUUUCUGCUGUAAAAUAAACAUGGUAUAAAUAA